AUGCAACUCAGGUGUUCAGUGUUUGUCCUACUUGUGGUCCUUCGAUAUGGGAUAGAGGCUCGGGUUCGAGGCCGGCAAUAUGAUGAGGAGAAAGACACAAUCGUCGAAUUAAAUAAGUUAGGCACCAUCCAGGGGAAAAUUCUGGAGACCGCCUGGACCAAACGUGAGGUGUUACAGUUCGUCGAUGUUAGAUAUGCAGAACCACCCACCGGGCAGCAUCGAUUUAAGCCUCCUCGCCCCAUCGAGCCAUGGGAGGAUGUGAUGGACGCCACGGCGGAAAAGAUUGGCUGCCCCUCGGUGGUAUCCAUGGACAACCUGCGGCAACUCGACGACGUUUUGGAUGUGGAGGAUUGCUUGACGAUGACCAUCACCACACCGAAUGUGACUGCCCGAUUACCUGUGCUGGUCUACAUUCAUGGAGAGUACUUGUAUGAAGGAAGCAAUUCGGAAGCUCCUCCAGAUUACCUUCUUGAGAAGGAUAUUGUGCUAGUGACGCCGCAGUACCGUCUCGGACCUUUCGGCUUUCUGUCCACGAAGACGGAUGAGAUUCCGGGUAAUGCCGGGUUUUUGGACAUUUUCCUUGCCUUACAGUUUGUGAAGCACUUUAUUUCAUCGUUUGGAGGCGACCCCGAACGAGUGACGGUUGCUGGACAGGUGGGAGGAGCCGCUAUCGCCCAUCUGCUCACUCUUUCGCCGAUGGUGCAGCGAGGUCUCUUUAGUCAGGUGAUUUACCACUCCGGGUCCGCAAUCAUGCCUAUUUUCCUGGAGGAGGAUCCGCGUAAGCACGCCCAGGAGAUUGCCAAGAAAGCCGAUUGCCAGAUGGUGACGGUACGAGACUUAAAUACCUGCCUAAUGGAGCUCACGGCUUUGGAGUUACUAACCGCCUUUAUGGAGCAUGCGUUGGAAAAAUCGGAUCUCGGCAUUGGACACACUGGUGGCAUACAGUUUACUAUAGGUGGGCCCAGUGGGGUUUUACCCAAGCACCCUUAUGAUCUCAUGUUGGAGUCGAACUUCUCCUAUCCUGCCAUGGGUGGCUGUCCCAAGAAUGCUGGCACCCGUGUCCUAAACGAGAUUGUUGACAAUGACUUCGAAGGCAAGAUUCCGGACGAUGAGUACAACACGUAUAACUACAUUGACCACGUAAUUCGUCAGGUGGUGGGCACCGACAAGACCAUGCUCCUAACCAGUUUUGUUACCCACGACUUUUUCAACCGACACCUCUUGGAGAACGGAACAUUCGACACCUUGAUUCCACGGCUAAUUGAUGUGGCUGGUACCUUGAACCAUAAGCUACCCGUUCUGCUCGCCCUAAACAUGAACAAUAAGCACAAUCCGGACAACACGUUCCUUUAUUCCUUCGACUAUGCCGGCGAAUUCAAUCGGUAUCGGGAGAUGGACGAGGAAACUAACAUGCAGAGUCCCUUUAAGGCGGGUGUUUCUUUGACCGACGAGGCUCUCUACCUAUUCCCGUAUCCCGAUCAUGUGAAACGUCUCAGUCCCCCGGAUGUGACAAUGGCCCAUCGAAUGGUGGAGCUUUGGACUAAUUUUGUGAUUAGCGGUAACCCGUUAGGCUCUUACCGCUCCGGCUACUGGCCACCCAUGACCACCCUCUACGGACCCUAUAUGAAGAUCGAUGAGACGCUGACAAUCGGAGGCAACUACUUCAAUGAGUUCUCGGCCACUCUGCGGGACGAGGAUGAGGGCCACAGUCUGAUUCGUGAGAUAUAUUACUUGCGCAGCCGGAGCAGGAAACGAGCUCAAGCCAAGCGGCGGAAACAGUUGGCGGCUUCGAAGGCUAACCGGCUGAAGAAGUCUGAAGCCCGGAAGAGUCUCGUAAAGCGACCGAAUCGCAACAAGAUACGUUUUUAAGGACAACCUUUAACCAGUAUAUAUUAAGAUUAAGUUUUUAGAUGGAAUACCCACUUUUCCUGCU